CCAGGCCCUGGGCACGCCGACGACAUGCGGCCACAGACACCGUCUACUCAUUAACCCGCCAGCUUCUCCCAGGGGAAAAAAAAAAGAUCCACUCUACUUUUUGUUAAAUUAAGAGGUAGCAACCGCCGCUCAUCUCAGAGCGAGGGGGAAGAAACCAGGCACGGGGAGCCCCUCAACCCCUGCUUCGGGGCAGAAAACCGUCCUUUUGUUGUCCACACACAGAGCAAAGGCGGCACCGAGAGCAUGCACCUAACCCCGAGUUUACACUGCUCCCGGCGCUUCAUGGCGAUACCAGCCCCAAAGGUCUCCCCACGGGUGACACCCACCCUGCUGCAUCAGCCCAGCCUGCACUAGGCUCUUCCCCAAGCCAAAUCCAGAGACCUCGAAGUGAUUGAAACAGACAUUUCCCUGGAGGAACCAAGUGUUUUCUUUGCCUCUGGAUGGCAGAGUCCAGCAAAAACAGUCAUCCUUGCUGAUGCCCACACAUUUUCUCUAGUGAAGGAGCAACUUCUCACAGAGUGCUUGAUGUUUUCCUGUGAGCCGAGAUGGCUGCUGCUUGGAGCCCCAGUGCUGGGUGAUAUUCAGAGGCAGCUGUCAAUAGGGCCUGGGCUGCUUACUCUGGUAGAAGGUAUGUCAUCAGACCGGUUCAGUAUUCAUUGACACCAAAUGAGGACUGGCAUGUCCAGCACUAGAGCUGCAGUCAUCUUCUGGUCCUUAGGUAUCUGUGCUGAGAUUUUGAUUUUGAAGUUCUGCGAUGAAGACCUUGAUAACUAGCUUUGUAUCCUUGGCAAAACAGCAGUUAUUGUACCAAGCUCCUCUGCAGAGAAAGCUCUCCAGCGCUUGCAGAGUGGAUGAGCUGAGAAAGCCCAUGUGUGCUGUGAAAGCAUGUGUGAAAUGGCGAACUUUCCAAGGGCAGAGCUCCAAUUGCUAGGCACAAUUUCUUCACCUUGCCAUAUCUAACAUCUCUAUAACCUCUGUACAUUGCAACAAUCUCUAUAUUUUUUUAAAAAACCCACCUUGCCCCUGAAUGAAAGGCUGUCUGCUCUGCACUUUUCCCUGGGGAACCAAGAGAGAACAAACAGCACAUGGCAGGUGUCAGUCACAUUGACAGCAAGAAGCUUGGAUACAACUUUGGGGCUAUGAUGUAUCGAACAGAAUGAAAAAGAACAGGACUCUGUUCAUGGUCUUCAAGUUAGGAACAAAAUUCAGAUUUACAGUAUUGUGUGAAUAACGUACUACAACAAUUAUAAAUAGAAUAUUGGCAUUAAAAAGGAUGAUUCUUUUAAGUAACUUUAUCCUCUGCAGAAAAAACACGAAUAUACUAAAAAAUAAAAAUCUACAUUUAAAGAAAGUACAAAUGCAAAUUGCUGGACAACAACAACGUUAUGUUAGCUCUUGUAAUGUAACUUCACCCUGGAGCUAGGCUUGUGUAGACAGCCAUGUUACCAAAUGUGCUGCUCAGGUGCUAUUUAAAAGAUCAAUGCAUUCUGCAGGCAGAAAUUACUUCCCCUUGUUGGGCCAAAGUCAUUUGAAGCGGAGGCUUUUUGAAGUAGAACAAAAUCCUGUAUUGCUAGAAGAGAGGAAAAAGUGGAUGCCUGUUUGUUUACACUGAGUUAAUCUGCUCCUGGUUUUAGAUACGUAAGAGUUGUAAAUGAGGAGUUAUGUGUUGUCUAAUUAGAGGUUAGCAAUGAAGGGUUUUCCAGUGUCGGGGAAAAGAACUUUGCAAUGGGAAUAAUCCCAAAGUGACGAUGCAAAUUCCCACCCAGGCUUUGAUGCAGCAAGCUCACUGCUUAUCCCAGCCCGCUCACAGCCUGUAUUUCCAUGCUCUUGAAGAGCCCCAAGACUUCAGUUCACGGCUCAUCAUCCUGAAGGUGACUGCAUCGCUAUCGACAGCACGGCUAGCAUUGCAAGUCAGAGGUUCAGAGAGUUAAUUCAGGUUUAGAGGCAAGGAUACAGCACACGUUUUAGAAAAGUUCAAUUCAUAAUGUUAUAAAUGGAACCAUUACUUUUAUAUAUAUCACUUUUGGAACAUAACACCUGUGAGAAAGGUUCUUUAAUUUCACCUCUAAUGUGGUGUGCCUUGCUUGCUGCUUAAAUCUCUCUCGCACACCUCCCCCCCCAAACGACCUCACCUAUCAGUGCGAAAUUGUUGUUGUGCCUGAUUGCACAAACCAGCCCAGCCUUUUACCUGGGAGAUGUGCCACAAAUAACUUUCAUUAUAUAUAUGGUGUGUUUCUGACGUUACUAUCAGCAAAGGAAAGAUAUAAUGCUUCGACAGUCUUGCUUAGAUGCUGAGGAGGCACUUGACUGUGCAAAGCAACCAUUUAUAUCACAGGACAGCAGAAGUUUGGACCAAAGACAGAUUUGGCAGAUGGCCAGGGAGGCUCCCACCAUGGGGACGGUGGGGUCCACCCCCACCAGACUUUUAUGAGCAUUGCUAAAACCUUUUUAUGUCGUUCUGUCUUAACAGCAACAUGCAGAGAGGCUGUGAUGUGUAAUAGGGAGGUAACGAUGGGGAUCGCCUUAGGCUAGUUUCAAUCCCCCGCUUUUCUCCCAGGCAAAAGCAAUUUAGGUUUAAUAGUAUAUAUAUGAAAAAUAUUAAAACCCUUAUCUGAGUACUUCUUGUGUAGGCAAAGAAAGGAGAAGGACUUUCUGAACUCAUCUGAAGUGCGUUAGUAGGUAAGGGAUUACAUUAACAUACUCUCGAAGGUCACAAAAAGGCAGUUUUCAUUUCAUUUCGCUACAGUUUACCCAUGUGCUAAAUUUCUUUGCGUUUAGCAAAGGCAAGCCCCAGGGUCAUUCUGAACUUUAAUUACAUUAAAAGUAACAUGGUAAGAGGUCCUUUUAUUUUGAUAAUUCACAAUACCAUCUAUUGAAAUUAGCUUUGCAAUUAAUUUGGGAAAUACACAAAGUGACACUUCUAUCCCAGUCUUUUGUGGACAGAGGACAAUUCACUGUCUGCUUAAUAGCUGUAAUAGUCUGAGACCAGAUUUUCCUACAAUAAUUACACUUUCUCUUCAAUUUAUGGAGGUUCAAGCUUCCAGUUGUCUGCUGGGAACACUUCAUUUAUUCAUGAAGCAUCUCAUCCCACUUAAUCAGAAGAAAAGCAAGGAGAUACAGACACUUGUUCAAACAGAAAAGUCUCUGUAGAUCUCUUACUCUUUUUUGUUUAACUAAUACCUAAUGAAGUUAUAGAUUCCUUAUGCAUUUUUGUGCCUGCCCAGGAGCCCUCGGGGGAAUUUUGCAGGUGAUGUGCAAGCUCGAGGAAACAGCAUGUCAGGCCACAGCUACAGCACACAGGGAGCUGGAGGCAUUGCCUUCCCAGAGAAGAAGAAGCAGAGAUGUUAAUUCUCCAGCUCCUGUCAACUGUCAGCUGAGCCAGUGGUCAGAAUGGACUGAUUGCUUUCCUUGCCAAGAGAAAAAACACCGGUACCGGCGGCUGGUGCAGCCGGCAGGGUUUACGGGGUGGCGAUGCCCAGGGCACCUGUGGGAUGAGCAAGCUUGCCAUGCUGGGACAACGUGCACUGGACCCCCCAGCUGUGGGAAGGACUUUCAGUGUGAGGAAACAGGUCGCUGUAUUAAACAGCAUCUUGUGUGCAAUGGAGAGCCAGACUGCAGAGAUGGGUCUGAUGAGGCUAACUGUGAGGAUGAAGAUAUUGAAAGUCCUUGUGAACAUCUAUUUCCAAUCCCAGGGUCUGAAAAAGCAGCCCAAGGAUACAAUAUCCUAACACAGGAAGAGAGACAGUACGUAUAUGAUCCUAAUUUUUUUGGAGGCCACUGUGAGUAUGUCUACAAUGGCGAGUGGCGGGAGCUGAAGUACAACGCUGCAUGUGAACAUCUGUACUACGGAGAUGACGAGAAGUAUUUCCGCAAACCUUACAACUUUCACAUAUAUCAAUUCCUAGCUCAUGCUGAUUCUGGAUUCACUUUUGAGUUUUAUGAUGAUUCAAAGGAUCUGCUUGAUGCCCUUAAAAGUGACAAAUCCAAAACAAAAGGCUUUACCAUUGGAAUUGGGCCUGGAGCUGGAACUGGGCCUGGAGAAUUAGCUUUCCAGUUAGACUUCGGCUUCACUUUAUCAGGUGGCAAAAGAUCCCUGAAGAAUUUCACACAAUAUACUGCAAAGGACAUUGGAUUCAUUAGAGGUGUGACAAAGGUACAGACAGCCCGUUUCAAGAUGAGAAGGGACAACAUAGUUUUGGAUGAAGACAUGCUGCUUUCCCUGCGGGAGCUUCCAGACACCUACAACUAUGGCAUGUAUGCCAAAUUCAUCAAUGACUAUGGCACCCAUUUCAUGACAUCCGGCACUAUGGGAGGUGUCUUUGAGUACAUCCUUGUCAUUAACAAGGAGGAAAUGAGAAGAAAAGACAUCAGUGCCGAAGAGAUAAGUGCCUGCGUUGGCUGGUCAAUUGGCCUUACAGCUAGCGCCAGUAAACUGCAUUGGGAAGCAUCUGUGUCAGCCUCUGAUUGUCCAAAGAAAGGAUUUCUGAAAACUGAUGCUAAGAGCAACAGUGCAGUUGUGGAAGAUAUUAUUCCCCGGAUUAGAGGCGGAGAUACCAGUUACAGCGGAGGACUCUUGAACAGUUGGGAUGGCAAUAUGUAUCGUCACUGGGGAAGGUCAUUAAAAUAUAAUCCUGCUGUUAUUGAUUUUGAGCUGCAGCCCAUCCAUGAAAUUCUCCGCAGAAGCAACCUUGGCGACCUGGAAACAAAAUGGCAAAAUCUGAAACAGGCUUUGGAUGAUUACUUGUUGGAGUUCAACGCCUGCCGCUGUGGACCAUGCCAGAACAAUGGUGAACCUGUUUUGGUGGGAGACACAUGCUUCUGCCAGUGUCGACCAGGUUAUGGAGGCCCCGCCUGUGAGCAGACUAAGCGCCAAGGUGGCGAGAUGAAUGGGGGCUGGAGCUGCUGGUCACACUGGGCUCCCUGCCAGUCAGGCACAGUGCGGCGCAGCCGGCAGUGCAACAACCCAGCCCCGCAGGGCGGUGGGGAGCCCUGCGUGGGGAGGGACCUGCAGAGCAAAGCCUGCUGAAGACCCACGGGAUGGCAUCGCUCCCCACAAGUACAUGGUCAAGAGCGGUUUGGAGUCUGUGCUGGGCUAUAAAUACUCUGGGCAUAAUUCUGCAAUGGAAUUAUGCUGGGGAGAAAUAAUAGUCAAGUUAUGCAUUUCUAUAUGUAUGGAGGCACGCUGGAUUUGCUGUAGAAAACCAGACCAAUUGCUCUGGUUGAGUGAAUGAAUGCCUGGCUGCCCUCUCACCCUCGCACCACAGGAUGUGAUGGGAGCCCCACCAGUUCACAGCAGCACUGCCACAAUACAGGAGAUGGCAGAGAAUCCAGCCGGGUGGCUUCGCUGCUGGGUGACCGUGGGGCUAUGACAUGGCAUGAAAUAAACUUACUAAAAGUGUUUACAUAAGUAAGCCUGACUCACAGGAAUUUUUAUAUUUGCCUUUGGAAAACACAUUAAAGCUCACGAUCCUUGCA